AUGGUGAUGGACACGGCUUGGGCCUACACCUGGGUUCCGUCCGUGGAAUGCCCCCUCGUCAGCAUAGCUUGUGCCCGACAUGAAAGAUAUGACCACAGUAGAUCAUCGACUUAUAAACCUGAUGGCACCAGCUUCAACAUUUCCAACACUUAUGUUGGAUAUCUUUCCAAUGACUUGUUCUUGGUUGGCCAGAUGAAUACCACAGAUCAGAAGUUUGCAGAAGUCAAACAUUUGCCAUGGAUAAACGCUCUGUAUGAACCAGACGGAACCCUAGGGCUAGGCUUAGAAAAACUGUCCCCCGGUGUCACUCCUUUGUUCUACAACAUCUACAGACAGAACAAAAUUGCUCCAAUAUUUUCUUUCUACAUUAACAGCCCGACAUGA